AUGCACAAAUUUGAAAAAAAAAGGUUUGCUUCAUGUACCAAACUGACCACGCUGGAUCUGGCUGGGAACAGGAUUAAGAGGCUACAGAACAUCAGUCAUCUUGUAAAACUUGAGGAGUUUUGGUUCAAUGACAACCACCUGGAAUCCUGGGAAGACUUGAACCAGCUGACCCCUCUGAAGAACCUGCAGACAGUUUAUCUGGAGAGGAACCCCCUGUGGCGGAGUGCUGAGGACCCCAGAUCACCUGAUCCUAACUACCGCAGGAAGGUCAUGCUCACGUUGCCAUGGUUACAACAGAUAGAUGCGACCUUUGUGAGAUAAAAUUACUCUGGGUUACAUGUUAAUUUUGAUAAACCAUGCACAAAUUUGCCAAAAAAGUGAUUUGCUUCAUGUGUAGGUAUGAUUUGGCUUGCCACAGGUGUGAAACUUGGAGAACUGUGACUGGUAAUUAUUCAUCUUUUUCAAACCAAACUGAUAUUUCCUGUAUUGAAAGCCGUGUUUGUUUGAGAUUUCUAAAAGUUAGGAUUUGUAAGUUCUGAAAGUUAAGGUGGGUUCGUUUUGAGUUACAACGAAAUUGUCAAUCUUGAAAGUAUAUUAGCAAAAUUAUUGAAGAUGUCGCUGUGAUUUUAAAAUUAUAUUUUAACUUUUUAAAUUACUACAAACUGGCCCUCCAUGAAUACUUCCCUCAGCAUAUGGAAAAAUAUCAGAAGUACUAAGUAGUUUGAAAUCCAUGAAUUAUUUCCAUACUACAGAAGCCCUUUGGAGUAUGACUUUCUCAAUAUUAGUGAAAUUGUUCAAGGAAAGUUAAUAUACCAUUUUUUGAGUUGUUGGGAGAUGAUCACCUUCCCUGGCAUCAACCAGAAUAGUUAGCACAUUGCAUGGUGCAGCAGAUUAGUGUUGUGAACAUUAUGUGCUUAAUUAUUUAUUUAUUUAUUUAUUUAUUUAUUUAUUUAUUCUUAUCUCUGCCAACAAAGGAAGUUAUGUUUUGGCGAAGUUGGAUUGUCUGUUUGUUAGUGGUGAGAAAUUGCAAAAAAAUGAUUUCCAAGUUUUGAUGAAAUUUUUACAAUUGACAGUAAUUUAAGAUGAAAAAGAAGUGGACAAUUUCAACUUAAUUUGGGUCUGCUGAUUUUUUUUAAAUGGUCUUAAAUGCCUUUUUCCAUGUCCUUGGUAGAUUUCUGUGCUUGUAUAAAUUGGUUUAGUAGCUCUGCACUUAAGUUUAGAUAUUUUUAAUGCUAUUUUCCACAGUACAGCAGUACUAGGUGUUAAAGUAAAAGCUUGUUUGAUUACAUAUUUAUCUAACAAAGUUGUUAUAUGUAUAUAUUUGUACAUGUUAUAUCCUGCUAGGCAAUUAAAUUGCACCAGUUGGUAUUUUUAAGUGGAGAUGACUGUAAUAAAAGGGUACCUAUUUUAGUCCUAUGGUUUUGCUCCUUUUCAGAAACCUUACAGAUUUUCUUAUACCAUUCAUGAGACCAUUCUUAAACAAACCAACAGGUAUCUUCUGUCAAUAAUUAUGAUUUUAUUCAUUGUGUUGAUUGUUAGGUAGGGAUUAGGUUUAAAGCUUAUCUGAACCUUGGCCUUCUGUGAAGGUCAUCUCAAAGGUCACCUCUUGAUUCUUAUUGUGUGCCAUAGCAUUAAGUGCAUAUGCUGAGUGUUAUAUUUUCAAGUAGGAGACGUGUAAUUUUGUAUCAGAACAAACUGAAUGAUAAAUGUCUUAAUGUUAUUGUUAUUUA